AUGUCCCUUGCAGGGUUGGCCGUGGCGCCGAAAAGGCCAACAGGGCCCAGGCGGAGUAGGCCCAUCCUACGCGAGAUCCAGGCGGGCAGGCUCCGGGAUCUGUGGAAGGCUUUUGUCCGGGAUCGUUCGAAGGCGGUGUUCCCUCUUUGCGGGAAGGUGAAAGGAUCGGGGAAAGAGGAGGAGGAGGAGGAGAGAAGAAGCCUUAAGGGACUUGCUGAGGAGCCGGGUCGAGAUCUGGAGCCGGAAGAGCCGGAUCCGGUCGAUUACCAGAGCCGCUGGAAGCGCUGGACCGCGGACAUCGAGUUCCGCCUCGCCCUCUUCGAAAGCCCGGAGAGGAAGAACCCGGAGUCAGGCGGGCGCGGCCAGCUGGACUCGCAGGGCGUGGGGGAGGCUCUGGAGCUGGAGCCCGAGGCCCGCGAGGACCCGAGGCCCAAAGCUUCCGAGACUUCCGAGCCGGACCCAUCUCUGGCGCUCGAGCCCGAGCCGGCCCAGCCGGCCGAGCCCACGGGGGAAGAGCCCUCACCGGCCCGAGGACUGGCCCAGGGCGAGGCCGACUUGUUGCUCUCGCCGGAGACUGGGCCUUGGCCUUCGCCGUCUCCCGGAGGAGACUUCAGCUUCGCACAGGCCCUUGACCUUGAGGAUGUUGAGGUUCUGGGUACCGAUCCCUCAAGUUCAACCUCGCGACCGGCCUUAAAGGAGCGUUGCAUCGCCCGAUGGUGCUUCCAGCUGCGGAAGGCGCCCUCGCUCCUCUCAGAGCCUUCCGAGGCUUUCAGCCGCCGCACCCUGGCACUCCAUCGCCAGCACAUCGUGGCAAGUAUCCCCUCAUCUAUCACAUCUACCGCAUCUGCCCCUGCCUCUCCUCGAUCGAGAGAGGGCGACUUUCACAGCCGUGGCCAGCAGUGGCUCGAAGAGAAGCGCGCAAAGGAGCACCAUCUUCGAGAGCAGCAUCGGGAUUUGGAGCUGCGUGAGUGCACUUUCCAGCCAGUGAUGCCUUCUCGGGCAAGUCGCAGUCGGAGCGCUGGGCAGAGCGCGCGCUCGGUCUACGACCGGCAGCGACGGUGGCAGGAGGCGGUGAGGGAGAAGCACGACCGCCAGAGGCAAAGACAGAGAGCUGACGAUGCAACAGAGCUGGCAAGGUACAAAACGAAGGGGCAGCCACAAGAGGAUGUGGAACACGCCUUCGCAUGCUUCCACGAGCGAAACCGAAAGUGGCAAAGCAUGCGGCAGGCACGUCAAGCACAACAGCAAAGGCAGCAGCUAGAGAGGGAGCAGGAGCAGCUCGAGCAGCUCGAGCAGCACGAGCAGCACGAGCUCGAGGCCCUGGAGGCGGUCUUGAGGCAUGUGGAGAUCAGACAUCUGCGAGCUCAUCCAUUCCUGCACUGCACAAACGCCGGGCCUGGUGGCACGACUUUUUGGCGCCGGGGCAGCGCCACGCCAACACCGUUGAUGAUUCCAAAAAGACUCAGCCAAGCCUGA